AUGUCGACUGCCCCGAGGACCGUGCACGCGUAUGCCACAUUCGCCAUGGGCGAGGAAGCCAAGCCAUGGGAGUACCAGUCGCGUCCUCUUGGCCCAGAGGACGUGGAGAUCAAGAUCUCGCACUGUGGCAUCUGUGGCUCCGAUCUACACACCAUGGACAGCGGCUGGAGUCAGACCAUGUAUCCGUGUGUGGUCGGCCAUGAGAUCGUCGGUGAAGUGACGCUGGCCGGCGACCAAGUGAAGGGCAUGAAGGUCGGUGACCGUGUGGGUGUCGGUGCGCAAGUGUGGGCCUGCCUCAACAAGUUCCCGGACGAUCCGUGCAAGGAAUGCGCCAACGGCAAGGACGCCUACUGCCGCCACCACGUGGGCACGUACAACUCGAAAUACCGCAAGACGGACGACGCAAUCACGUACGGCGGGUACGCAGACUACAUUCGCGUCACGCACGAGUACGCGUUCAAGAUCCCAGACAACAUCCCGUCGGACGUGGCCGCACCGCUGUUGUGCGCCGGCACCACCGUGUUCACUCCGUUCAAGGAGGUUGGUAUCAAACCUGGUGACCGCGUUGGUAUCGUGGGCGUUGGAGGGUUGGGCCACCUGGGCAUCCAGUUCGCCAAGGCUAUGGGUGCCGCUGCAGUGGUGGCCUUCUCCCGCUCAGCCAGUAAGGAGCAGGAGAUCCGUCGUCUCGGUGCAGAUGAGUUCGUCGUGUACACAGACGAGAAGCAGGCGGCGGACGCAGCCAAGUCGGUUGACAUUCUACUGAUCACAGCCGACGCCAACAACAUGCCCUACACGCUGUUCCUGAGCUUUCUGGCGGUGCACGGUACUGUGAUCAUGGUUGGUCUGCCCAAUGACGAGAUCAAGUUCAAGCCGUUCCCGCUCGUAGCCAAGGGCCUCAAUUUUAAGGGCAGCGCCAUCGGCAGCAUCCAGGACAUCAAGGACAUGCUGGAUGUGGCGUCCAAGAAGAACGUACGCCCUGUGAUCCAGAAACUUCCCAUGAGCAAGGUGAACGAGGGCAUCCAAAUGGUGCGCAGCGGCACUGUGCGCUACCGCGUCGUGCUAGAGAACUGA